UGCGAGAAGUUGUGGUGCGAAAACGGAAUUGAAAUUCUUGAAAUAAGAAUAGAGUUGAAAGACUCGAAAAUAAAUAUGUAGAGAAUGAUUUGAUUAUAAUGAAUUGGUUAAUUGUAAAGUAUACAAAGCCUAGGCAAAAUAAUUCCCUAAUCCUACCAAUAUAAGGAAACUAUACUAAAAAUUCUAAAAGGAAAGAAAAUUGAAAUCCUAGAAGGUAUGAAAACUAAAAUCCCAAAAGAAAGCAAAAUCCUAAUCUAAGAGAUCUAAUCAAUAAAGAAAAAGAAAUACUAUUCUAAACAACAAGAAAGACGAAGAAAAAGAGAUAAACCCUAUUACAACAAGAAAUCCUUUUUGGAAUGGGAUUGUCCUACAUCAAGUUGGAUAUCUUACUUGUGUAGUGGUUGGUAUCAUUUGAUCAAGUUGCGCUACACUAUGGGUUUGAAUGACAAGUUCCUCUCAGAAAGCUAAUUAUAGUCUGCUGUAUUUGGACUUUGGAAUAUCCUGAUAACCUCCUUGUGGUUUGUGGUUAUAAACCCUAGACAUUAUGUCCAGAUUUGGAUUAUAGAUAUUAGUUUACAAUAAGGGGGUGGGGGGUUGGUGUAAAUUUCAGAUCAUCAAACCAUUGGGGGUUAUUCAACUAGAAUUAUUUGCAGGUCCAAGGCAUUUUAUUGCAGAAAGAUAGUGAGAAAUUCGCUUUGAAUCUGUAUUAUCAAUGGUAUUUCGCACUUACUUUUAACAUGGAAUGGGUCGAUCACUUUGAUAUCUUAUGGAACAAAAGGAUCUCACACCCCAACCCCAAUCUGCAAGAGGGGAGAGAGAAGAAUAUCUGAGUAUUGUAGUAAAAUCCCGUUGCUCAUAAAAAAUUAUCUAAGCCUUUUUUCGGCAAAAUUUAUAAAUUAUUUUUAUAUGGUCAAACUUCAUUGUCAAUAACACAUUCCAAUGACCCACAAGUACUAUCCACUUAUUUAUAGUUCAUUUCUAUCUAUUUAUAAAUGAACCGAUUAUAAACUCUUCCCCGAUGAAGGCUAGAAUUUUAAUUUGCAUGACCCAGAAACUUCUUUACAAGUAUUAUAAGAAUAUUGUUAAUAUGCAUCUAUAUUUAGAAGAAUUAUGGCAAAAAUGUUGUAAGGUUAUGCUCUUUUGUACUUUAUCAAUAAAAGUUACUGUCUAAAUUUAUAUCGAGAAUUUACAAUAAUUUUAGGACAAUGCUGAAGCUAUUUGCUAAAAGGACAAAAUAAAAAAUGUUUUACGCUCUCAGUAAAGCUGCUUACAUGUCAACAUAUAUUCUUUUAUGAUAAUUCUUACGUUAUGAUGUUUUUUUGUCAUUCUGUUUCUUGAACUUACAGUUGAGGCAGUCAGGUUCUCCCUGGUCAAGUUAUAAAAAAUCCUAUUUUGGCAUCUUUUUAUUUCUUUUUAGAAGAAUUUAAUGGGUUUUGCAUUUGGAACUGACAUUGGAAAUGGAUUCUAAUUCUCAAGUUUUGAGUAAAGCGUUUUAUUGAAUGGGAAUUGACUAAUGAUGUCUUCAAUUAAGGGGGUUAAGGAAGUAACACGAAAUAGUUAAUGAGAAUUGCUCCUCGAUUGGAAAUUGAAAUUGUGUGAAAUAAUUUUUUGAUGGAACUACAAUCUUGAUGAUAUAUAUAUUGUCCUUUUCUGAGUUUCUAACUAUCAUGAGUGAAAUCCCAUGAAAUCCUUUGACAUUCAAAAUUAAGAUAAAUCUCGUUGUUCCAAUAUUCUACACAAGCUGUUUUUUACCACAUAUACCUCAAUACCAUAGUUAGGUUCUUUUCUAAUUUCUAGUCCAUUUACUAUUUUAUAAGAAAAAAUUAAUCCUAUUAUUUGUUCCCUAGCACUUCAUCUUUAUCUCGUCUGACAUCAUCACUUCAAAGGUUUACAUGGUAAAUUUAUCUAAACCAACUGAAAUUAUGAUUUUUUGGUUCUGUUGGUGAAUCUUAUGACAGGACUAUUUCUUGAUAAGUGCACCAUGGAAAUAUUUAAUUUUCAAGUGUGAAAGAGGGAAAUGCCUAUGUUGCUUGAAUCAAUAUUCUUAUCAUCGGUAGUUUGAGAAGGAAUGAACACGAAUUUUGAGUCUCAUACAAGUAAUUUGUCACGAUGUGUGUAUAUGUGAAGUUUUUUUUUUUUUUUUUGGGGUUAUACAGGGAAGGAUGUGGAACCACUUGAUUUAAAAGCUUAUAUAUGUGUGUGUGUGUGUGUAGACACUCAUCAAUUAACAUGCCCCAUCACAUGUAGGCUGGUUCAAUUUUCCCAUUGAAGUUGGACAUGCACAAUUUCAUUAAAUGAGUGAUGAUGAGACUUUAACCCUAAUCUUUCACUUGACUUUGAUACCGUGUUGAAUCACUUGAUUUGUAAGUUAAAGCUAUUUUGAAGGGUGGGGGAGGAGUGGCGUAACAUGAAUAUCAUUUAAAUCUUUAAUGAAUAUUUAAGAGGUGAAUAUUUACUUCCUUUUGGCAUUUGUUUUGCAUUCUCUACAAUUCUGGUAGGUUGAGUGAAGGUGCACCGAUUUCAAAUAACUAUAUAGUGCACCUCCUAACCUUUGUCAUGAUCAUAAGAGCUCAAUAUUCCUCUCAGAUACAUGCACAUAAAUGAAGAUGCAUGUUUACUAAUGAGUAUCUUUUAUUCCUUUAGCAGCUAAAUAAAGCAUUAGUUGUCUGAAAAUAAGAAAGGUGAUGGACAUGCAUGACUAAGACAUUCCUUCAUUAUCAUACAUAUAUGCAUUUCUUCUUCCAAGUGCAAAGUUAUCUCCUAUAUGUGUUUUCCUUGCCUUUUCUGUAGGUGGCCUGAAGCAUCCUAAUAACUAAGUCGGAAUGGCUUGGGCAUGCCUGCUAUCUAGUUAUGGCACAUAAUGUGUACCUUGUUUUUAUGGACUGAUGGUCUAAAAAUUUUGUGCUUUAUGUGAACCUAAUGACUAAAUAAAAUUAAAUAUGGUCUUUGUUUUGUAAUUCUGAGGGUAUCACUGGUUUUUUUAUUUUAUUUUAUUUUUUUUUUAAGGUGCUUGCCUCUAAGUCAUCGGCUCUUUUGGACUUCCAUAAAGAUCUUGUUAGCCUGGAAGCUGCUUCAAAGAUACAAUUGAAAUCAUUAGCAGAAGAAAUGCAAGCCAUUAUGAAAGGAUUGGAGAAAGUAAAGCAGGAAUUGGCUGGUUCCGAGAAUGAUGGCCCUGUAUCUGAAACUUUUCGCAAGACAUUAAAGGAGUUCGUUGGGGCUGCUGAGACUGAGGUUGCAUCAGUAACAAACUUAUAUUCUGUUGCGGGAAGAAAUGCGGAUGCAUUGGCACUAUAUUUUGGUGAGGAUCCUGCCCGCUGCCCAUUUGAGCAAGUUGUUGCCACCCUCUUGAAUUUCGUGAGGAUGUUUUGCAAAGCUCAUGAAGAGAACUCCAAACAGGCUGAACUAGAAAAGAAGAAAGCUCAAAAGGAAGCCGAAAUGGAGAUUGCGAAGGGAAUUAAUUUAACAAAGAAGGGUGUGAAAUGAACAAUUUCAAUAUUUCACAGGAAGAAGUUGUUUAACAUGGUCACUAUUGACGGACUAUGGUCCUCCAGAUUUGACGUGAAUUGUUCAGUUUUUAUGGGAAUAUAAGAAAGGAAACUGAAAGCACUAGCUUUCGAGAUUUUCGCAAAACCCGAAGUUUGGUGAAGGGUACGCUGAGAAAUGGAUAUGGUGCUUUUCGGCCAGGUGGACAAUGCAGAUUAUUGAUCUUUGUCAUCAGC